UCUGCUGGCGGGAGGGAGACGUGCGAGGCCGGGCUGAGGAGGCACGGGGUGGCUGCUCUGCUCUGCUCUGCUCUCCUCUCCUGGCAGAGCUCGCUGGGCCGGGCCCCAUGGCGGAACACUGAGCCACCGCGCUCUGAGCGCUGAGCCGCGUACGGCUGUCCUGGCUGCUCUUGGGUGUGAACGGCGCGCUGUUGCUUGAGUUCCUCUGCCUGCUGAAACAAAUGUGCCGUUCUAGUAUAUUACACUAUGUUGGUGCGGCCUCUCAUGAAAUGCUGUGUGCAGUUUUGGGCACUCUGAGGAUGGUGAAGGGCAUUUCCUCGUUGGGUAGCCAUAUGAGGAGCAGUUGAGAUCACUUGGUCUGUUCAGCCUGGAGAAAGAGAAGCUAGGGGGAGACCUCAUUGCGGUCUUCAACAUCCUUGUGAGGAGAAGAGGAGGGGCGGGUGCUGAUCUCUGUGGUGACCUGAAGAUGUGUCAGGGGAGGUUGAGGUUGGGUAUUAGGAAAAGGUUCAUCACCCACAGGGUGGCUGGGCACUGGAACAGGCUCCCAGGGAAGAGGUCACAGCACCAAGUCUGACAGAGUUCAAGGAGCAUUUGGACAACAUUCUCAGGUACAUGGUGUGACUGUUGGAGGUGGCAACUCAGGCUGUUCUGUGAUUAUGAUAGAAUGGUGGUUUGUAAAGGAAAUGGCUGUCUAGAGGAAUCUGUGGGGACAAUUACUAAAUGAGCAGCCCCCCUCUUAACCUCAGUAAGCGAGAUCCCCAUGGAUGAGCUGGUCUGUACCAUGGCAGGACCUUCCCUUGGACAGGGUUUUCACCCACCUGCGUGGUGGCUGUCCCUGGCUGCCCACAGACCUGCCUCACACAACAGCGCUCUGACGCUGAGGCCUGGUUUUGGCUUAAUCAUCAACUUUCAGGUCAGUUAGUUUCAUAUUUGUACAUCUACCUUCAGUAGCGGAUGUCAGAUAACAUUGGAAGCUAUGUAUUCCAGCUUCUCAUAACAGGUACUAACCUACUUUUUCAGGUCUUAUCACCAGGUCUGAGGUACUGAGUUUUGUACUUGCAAUCUUAAUUUGAGGAACAUGUUGUCUAGAGGAGUUGUGGAGUCUUCCCCACUGGAGAUACUCAGGAAGUGACUGGACACAGUCCUGUGCCAUGUGCUCCAGGAUGACCCUGCUUGAGCAGGGAGGUUGGACCAGAUAAUCCACUGUGGUCCCUUCCAACCUGAGCCAUCCUAUGAGUCCGUAAAUGUAGAGGCCACUUCCUCUAUUAGGAGGGCAAGAUGAACAUUUGUUAUUGGGAAGAUGAGUAGUGUUUAUUAAUGUGACAUUCAUCAGCUGAAUGUAAGGAUAGCUAAUUUUCACUACUGUUAAGGAAUUUAAUAUGUUCUUCUAAGGCUGAAUUGGUAGCUGGGAGAAAAUCUCAAGGAUUUAUUUGUGUCAAGGACCAUGAAUUCUGCCAUAGAACUAUGUUGCAUGGUACACACCAGCCAGGAAACAAGUGUAAUGUUAUUUUGAGUAGCAGUUGAUUUGCAUGUCUCAGCUGCAGGUGUGUGUAAUAUGUUUUGCUGUUAUAACAAGUAAAGGGAGAAAUAGGUUUCCAUAAAAUAGUGAAAAGUAAAUAGCAAGUUCUUUAAGUCAUUGCUCAGGAGACAUUUUUCCAGGCUCUCCAUGCAGUGAUCCUGCUGAGUCAAUAACACUGAAGUCCAAACAUGUUUGUGACAAGAUUUCUUUCAGUCAAGUCAAACAAAAAUAAGUACUGCCCUUACUUCUGGUGGCACAUAAGAGAGGAAGAUGAAGUGAGAAUUUCCCAGUGAACUCAAAAGGCUGAUCUGUGUUAAUUGUAUGUGCUCUAAGUAGAUGUGUUGUGUUAUAGCUCACACAGGAAUUGAAAUUGCCUUGAAAAGACUUGACAUGUUGGACUCUUGAGAGAUCGAGUGUUUGGACUGCAAGAACCAUGAUAGUUUCAGUUUAAAGUAAGGGUCAUCACUCUUCUCCCAGGUUCAGGUCCUCCCAGCUGUGUUUCUGCAAAAAUACGGCCUAAUGUAACUAGAAAGUUUAAAAUUAAUAAAGAAUUAUGGGGCUUCUCCUUUGCUUUCAUUUUUUAAUGGUCACCUUGUGGGAAAAUGCUGAUGUAGGGAUGUCUUUUGCACCCAGUUAAUUUACAGCCAGCAGCAUCAAAAUGAAACUGAAAGUUUGUUAGCACUUCUGAGAAAUGCUGAUUGCUAUCUAUAAUCUAACUUUUCAUUCCCAGAGAAGAAACUAAGAGCAUAGAAAAGGAGUGAAGAAAAUGCACAGGUCAGAAGAUGGACGAGGGGGAUAGAGAAGAAAUGAAGAGAAAAUGGCAAGAAAGACUGAAGAAGGUGGAAGAACUAGCAUCUCACUAUGAAAGAAAUCCUCUUCCUACAGUUUAUAGACCAAGACUGUCCAAACCCUCUAUGCCAUCCUCUGUUUGGAAAAUAUUUUCGCGACAGGCUGAAGCUUUUUCUUAUGUAAAAACCUGCCAAGAGGAUGUUCAUGUGUUUGCUCUGGAAAAGAACACACAGACUGGACAGAGGUUUUACCUUGUGACAUCGUAUGAAGAGCUUUGGUUUUAUUACACCCAAGGUUGUAAAACAAGUCUUAUGCAUUGCUAUGAAGUAAUUCCUGAAAAAGAUCCUUGCAAACUUUAUUUUGAUUUGGAAUUUUACAAACCAGCAAAUCCUGAUGCAGAUGGCAAGAGUAUGGUCAUGAAGUUAAUUGAGCUUGUCAGCCAAAAAUUAAAAGAAUUUUAUGAUGUAAAUUGUUCAUCAGAAGAUGUCUUGAACUUGGAUUCCAGUACUGAUGAAAAAUUUAGUCGGCACUUAAUAUUUCUACCCCAAAAGACUGUAUUUAAGGAUAACACUCAUAUUGGUAACUUUGUGAGAAUCAUUUUGCAGCCUGCCAUAAGAUUAAUGGAGGGCAGGGCUGUUGUGAUUCCAACAGAAGAAGCAGGGAAUGUUUUCCAGUGUUCUGCAGGAGCUGGAUUAGAUGGUUCUCUUACAAACCUCACAACUGUUGAAGAUGAUUCUAAAGAUGGGCCAGCCAUUGCUCAUGAAACAAAGGCCAUGGAAAUGUCACACCAGGGAGAAAAUUUGGAUUUUUCCUUCCUAAUAGUAAAGGAUAAAGAAGGCAACAAGCAGCUUUUUGUGGAUCUAGGAGUUUAUACAAAGAAUAGAAAUUUCCGGAUGUAUAAAUCAUCAAAAGCAGGAAAAAAUGUGAUUCUGAAGAUAGCAGAGGAUAAUAAGUUUGUCCCCAACUGUGAAAAGGGUGUUUCCUUGGAAGAAGCAUAUUUUCUUUCCUCUCUAAUCUGCAAUGUUGGAGCAAGUAAUGACAUAAAAGUUCUAUCAUCUGGCUUUUCAGAGGAGAGAAAAAUGUCUGCUUUUUUAAACAGUAAAACUACCAGAAGCAGCAGAGAUCCCAUGGAAGGUUACCAGGGUUCACCAUAUCCAGAAAUUGAUCAUUUUGUUCAUUCUUUGGUUAAUAAAGAUGGACUACAAGGAGGGAUACGACAAUGGAGUUACUUCUCUCUCAAAGAACUACUUAUUUAUGAUAUUUCUGGUUACCGUUGGUGUGAAAAUAUCGGAAGAGCUCACAAAAGUAACAAUAUAAUGAUUCUCGUAGAUCUAAAGAAUGAAGUCUGGUAUCAAAAGUGUCACGAUCCUGUCUGCAGAGAACAAAACUUCAAAUCACAAAGUUUUCCAUUGCCACCUGGGAUAUGCCUCCAAUCUCUUUUCAAAGAGGAAGAAGAGUCCACACUAAUGGAUGACAAGGGGCACACAGAAGGAAAAGUAAAUCCACAUUCUAAUGUGUCAGACUUGUCAAAAAGCUCAGUAUCUCCAGAGAACAGCUGGUCUCAAGACUUCCCGUUGUCAGACAGUGAGUGGGAAAACACAAGUGACGAUGCCCGUUUCCUAGAAGCUGCUGAAGAUGUGGAACUAGCUGAAGCUGCAGAUGACAGUCUGAAUUAUGGCAUGGAAGAAAUCCCAGAUGAAGUUCUUUUGGAAGCUUUAAGGAAAGAAGACCCCUACACUAAAGAAGGCAGCUAAGCACAGUUGGCUAGCAGUGAAUGACACUUGUGUGUUGCAUGCUGAUGUGGAAGUUCCUGCAGGGUGGUUCACAAGCACCACUCCAGAGCUGUAAGACAAAGAAUGGAGUGCCUGGAUGAACUUCAACAGGCAUGAGGAGAUCAUGGAAGAUUACGUGGGGGCUGAAGAGACUAAAAAACUCCUUAUGAAUGCUGCUCCAAGCUUAGCACUUUUAAUGUUCUUUGCUGUACAGUUUCUAUUUUAUUAGUUGUACAUCCAACUUUUAUUGAGAAACCAACAAUUUAUGGACUUCUUAUUUCCAUAAAUGAUGUGAAAUAAUUUAUUUCAAAUGGAAAUUUAAUAAAAAGAUUUGUUUAUUCA